GAGGACGAGGCCGCGGUGCUGGCGUGGCUGAUGGCCCAGGAGGGCGUGGUGGAUGCGGUCAACUUGGCGCUGGAGGACCGCGAGGACGAGGCUGGCCCAGCGCUGACGAGCGCGGUGCGCGCGUUGCUGGAGGAGCCGGGUCCCGCUGACGCAGCUCCCGAGGGCGACGGCGGUCCCGCGCGUGCGUCCAGGAAGCGGCCCCGCUCCGGCGCGGCGGGGAGGGCGCGGUGCGUGUGCGUGGUGGUCUGCGGGCUCCGGGGCUGCGGCAAGAGCACGCUCUGCAACAUCUCGGAAAGGAACAAGCUGCACAGGGCAUAA